AUGAAGUUCCUUUCGCUCGCUGCGGCGGCCGCCAGUGCCGGUCUGCUGCUUCUCAGCGGCGUCGAGGCCGCCAACAACCCGGCUGUCGUCGCCGGUCCCAAGCCCAUCGCCGGUCCUGCUACCGCUCCCAACGCUCCUGCCACGCUCAGGAACAGCAGGGGCAAGGUCGCCCAGCUCGAGAAGGCAAACUACGUGCCGCGCGGCUACAUCGUCGAGCUCGAGUCGUCGUCGUCCAAGGGCGGCAAGCGCGACAACCCGCAUGCCGAGGUGCACGACCACCUCGCCAAGCGCGGCAAGUCGUACAAGACGCGCUUCGAGUACAACGACCCCGCCACCUUUGUCGGCAUGUCGGUCAUCCUCGACAGCGACGACGACUACCAGUCGCUCGCAUCCGCCCCGGGUGUCAAGAAGGUCUACCGCACCACGCUCUACUCGAUCCCCGCUUACGAGCCUACCACUGUCUCGGACGAGUUCGUCAAGGCUGCCACCGGCAAGGAUGGCGCUGCCGCCGCUGGCCCCGCUAGCCGCAAGAAGCGCCGCGACGAGCCCAAGAACGCCGAGCAGGGCUACACCGACACCUUCUCCCCCCACGUCAUGACUGGUGUCGACAAGGUCCAUGCCAAGGGCUUCCUGGGCAAGGGCCAGACCGUCGGUAUUAUUGACACUGGUAUCGACUACACCCACCCUGGUCUCGGCGGCAAGCCGGGCAACAAGCCCUGCUUCGGCGCUGGCUGCCUCGUCAUUGGCGGAUACGCCUUCGUCGACGAUGCCUUCAACGGUACCAACACUCCCGUCGCUAGCGCCGACCCCUUCGACUGCAACGGUCACGGCACCCACGUCGCCGGUACCGUCGCUGCCAACGACACCACCCUCGGCUUCACUGGUGUUGCUCCCCAUGCCAAGAUCCGUGCCUACCGUGUCUUUGGCUGCCAGGGCAGCACUCCGGACGACAUCAUCAUCGCCGCGCUGCAGCGUGCCUACUUUGACGGAAACGACGUGCUCAGUCUCUCGCUCGGUGGCCCCGGUGGCUGGAGCGAGGCUCCCUCGUCGGCCGUCGCCUCGCGUAUCGCCAGUCUCGGAACUCCUCUCGCUAUUGCUCAGUCCAACUCGGGUGCCUACGGUAUGGCUUACGCUUCGUCGCCUGCCAGCGGUGAUCUCGUCAUGAGCGUCGGCUCGGUCCAGAACACCGACCUCACCGGUAUCUCGGCCGCCAUUGUCCCCAACACUCUCGACCGCAAGACCGUCACCGUGCUCAAGGGAUCGCCCUUCACCUUUGCCGAUGGCCAGUCCAAGACGCUCGAGGUGUACCCGACUUCGUCCAGCCUCACUGUUACCGACGACGUCUGCUCUCCCCUUCCGGACUCGACACCCGAUCUGUCGAACAAGGUCGUCCUGGUCGGACGUGGCACUUGUCUCUUUGCCACAAAGUUCCAAAACAUCGCAGCAAAGGGCGGCAAGUACGUGCUUGUGUACAACUCGGCGGCUUCCAUCACCUACGUCGAGACCGACGUUGCCGGUCAGCAGGCUGCCUCGCUCACCCGCGACGACGGCCUCUACCUCAAGCAGCAGAUCAACAACGGCGUCAAGGUCUCGCUCGACUUUAGCAACUCGCAGAUCGCCACCAUCAAGGACACUGCCACCGGUGGCCUCAUGAGCUCCUUCUCGACCUACGGCCCCACCUACGAGAACCGUCUCGACUCGCCCACCACCUCGGCUCCCGGCGGCAACAUCCUCUCGACCUACCCGAUCAAGAAGGGUGCGUACGCUAUCCUCUCCGGUACCUCGAUGGCCACGCCGUUCAUGUCGGGCUCCAUCGCCGUCUUCCAGGCCGCGCGUGGAAAGUUCUCGCCCGAUGCGCUCAACAGCAUCUUCUCCAACACUGCCGCCCCACUCAUGAACGACACAACGAGCAACCUGUACGAGACCGUCGCCAAGCAGGGUACUGGUCUGGUGGACGUCAACAAGGCGCUGUACCAGCAGAUCACGCUCAGCCCCUCGGUGAUCGAGCUCAACGACACGGUGCACUUCAACGGCUCGCAGACCAUCACGGUCAAGAACCUGGGCAGCAAGCCGCUGGCGUAUAAGCUCUCGCACCUCCCCGUCGGCACCGCCCAGUCGCAGGAGGACGACUCGAUCUUCUUCAACCUCGCCCCCGUGCCGCUGAGCACCAACUACGCCAGCGUCAAGUUCAGCAAGACCAACCUCGUCGUGCCGCCCAAGGGCACUGCCAAGUUCACGGCGACCUUCACGCCGCCUGAGGGUGUGCGCACGGACAAGCUGCCCUUCUACUCGGGCUUCAUCCACCUCGAGCCCCAGUCCAAGGACUACAGCGCUGCCAACAUCGCCUACGGUGGCUACAAAGCCGACACGUCCAAGACGCAGAUCCUUGACAACACUUCGGAGCUGUUUGGCGUGGGACUGCCCGUUCUCGCCUCGGCUGAUGGCAACACGUUUAUCGAGUCGGACAACACCAGCUACAGCCUGAGCAACGUUGCCAACUGGCCGCAGUUUGUGUACCGCCUCAACUACGGUACGCCUUACCUGCAGAUCGACCUUGUCAACGCCACCACCGACUUCAAGCCCACUUACAACGUCGAUGGCUCGGCCGCCCAGAGUGCAGCUGCCAACCACAGGAGGUUCAUCCACCGUCGUCAGCUCAACGGUCAGAAGACGCCUCAGCCCAUGCCUGUGCCUGGUGGCCCCAAGCCUCCCGCGCCCAAGCCUGGCAACGGCCCCAAGCCCAAGCCCGGUCCCAAGCCCGGUCACGGCGGUGAGCCCGCUCCGGCUCCCAAGCCCGUCGCGGGUGCUGGCUUUGCCGACGUCAAGACGGUGGGCAUGCUCGCCAAUGGCUACUACAGCGGCAGGAACAGUGCGACCGGUCAGCUGGCUGACUACUCGUACAACGUCCAGCUCAUCACCCCGCAGCUCCAGCUGCCGCAGAACGGAAGCACCACCCUCACCCCGGGUACUUACAAGGUGCUUCUCCGCGCCCAGCGCGUGCUCACCGAGGGCAAGCUCGAGAGCGACUACGAGUCGUACCUCUCGCACGCCUUCACCAUCACCGCCUAA